GGAUUUUUGGAGACGGCAUAGGAGGAAGGUUUUCAUAACUGUUGGUGUUUUGGGAAGUGGGUAUCUUUUGUAUAAGCUUUAUGGUGCCCACAGGCAUGGGGUUCAGGAACUUGAAAGAGAACUCGCAGUUCAGAAGGAAACUGAGGAGCUUAUGAAGGCUCAGAUGCAAGCUCAUUUUGAGAAUAUUCAGAGGAUUUCUGAUGUAACGUUGCCUCAUGCUAUGCAUGACUUAAGUUGUCGGAUCACAGAAGAGUUGGAUCUUUCUCACCUUCUUGAAAGGCUAAUACAAGGAAAGGGUCAGCCAAACAGCUUAACACAAUCAGAGAAACUAGAUUUGUGGAGUAGACUCAAAAUUCUAAGUUUUACAAGAAUGACAUUGUCAGUGUGGGCUACAACAAUGAUUAGCUUAUAUACAAAAGUUCAAGUCAAUAUAUUAGGAAGACAUCUAUACAUUGAUACAGCACGAAGCCUUGGAAUCUCUGAUUCAUUGGAAAGUGUAGAUGUGGUUGAUAGGGAAGAUCAGAAGAAAUUUCUAGAUAGUGUUGAUUUUCUCUCUCAGCAUGGUAUGCCUGCCUUGAUUUCUGAUAUGGAGGCUGCAGCAAAAGAAGUUCUCAAAGGAAAGCAGUUGAGUACUUUCUUCAACAGCACAACGCUUCAUGAAACUGUCAUGCAGAUACUCAACACCUUCAUGAGCAUGGGGAGUCCAAAUUACUGGAUAAAGUAUAUGAUACCUGAACUUGAUAAACCGUAUUCCUCAAAUUCUAGAAGUGAUGAUCCAGUACCAUCUGACGUGACUGAGUAUGAUCAACUUAUGAUGGAAGCACGGGCAGUAUUAUCAAGUGGUGAAUUUGAAAGGGUUGUGGAGAUAUCUCUGCAAGCAGUGGUGGAUACAGUGGUGGAGCUGAUGGGGGAUAAAUUUAGUGGAGGAAGUAUAACUGCGGGCCUGCCACUGGCCAGAGUGUUGCCUCAGGUUGCACAGAUGUGUCCUUUGGUCCUUGAAGAACCCAACAAAAAUCAGUUCAUCCAAAUCAUUAAAAAUAUACAGGAGGUUGAACUUUUUUUCACACUCCUCUAUGCAAAUAUGCCACAUGCCUAG